AUGUCUACAAGACCCUCAUUCGACUCCCUUCUUCUCCGCAAAGACGGCCCUCCCGGCAACGCAUGGGGACUUUUCGGGGAAAAUGACGAAUGCGGCAUGCUGAAUCUCUUGACUCCCGAUGUCGUAGCAAAUGCUGCUUCCGAGAUCCGCGAUGGCGUUCGAGUCUCUACAGACUGGCCUCUGAAUCGCAUGUCCAGACCCUGUUUUGGCCGUGCUCCUUUCAAGCAUCAGAUUACUACUAAGUCUCCCCGUGCAGUGAACGACGAUACUUUGACGUUUAAUACGCAGAGUAGUUCGCAGUGGGAUGGAUUUCGGCAUUACGCAUAUCAGAAAGAGAAACUAUGGUUCAACGGGAAGAGCCUCGAUGAGUUAUUAUCAUCGGAUGUUAAUGGCAUUCAUGGUAAGCCUUCAGUUAUUGUGGAGAUUCAAGAGCUAAUUCGUGCAGCUUGGGUUGAGCGUGGUGGUGUUGUUGGACGUGGAGUACUCUUAGACUACGCAUCUUGGGCUGACAAAAACGAUGUCACCUUGACCCCCUUUAAAACAAAGUCAAUUACAGUAACUACCCUGAAUGAAGUUGCACAAAGUCAAGGCACAAUCUUCCAACAAGGCGACAUACUCUUUAUCCGAACAGGAUGGGUCCGAGCCUACGACAAGCUCUCUGACGAGGAGUGCAAGACCUUGGCAGAUCACAAAGUCCCACCCGCUCAUGGUAUCGAGUCCUCAGAGGAAACCCUUCGAUGGCUCUGGGAUCAGGGCUUCGCUGCAGUCGUUGGUGAUCAACCUAGCAUGGAAGCGUGGCCUUGCCAAAAUACUGACUUCUUUUUGCAUGAAUGGCUUUUAGCAGGCUGGGGAAUGCCGAUCGGAGAGUUAUUUGAUCUAGAAAGUUUAGGCAAAGAAUGCGAGAAGAGAAAGAGAUGGUCUUUCUUCUUCUCGAGCAUGCCACUCAAGGUUCCGGGAGGCGUGGCCAGUCCGCCAAAUGGCGUCGCAAUCUUUUGA